UGGUAUCCUAGCACCUAGACGUGCGUGUAGGUUAAAAAUAAACAAAGCUUUUUACGAGUGAGAAUACAAAAAUAAUUGUCGAGCCACGCAGACAGUGCACAGCCCUCAAGUGGCAUUCAAUCCAUCAUCCAAUAAAAAACACACAGUUGUGCAUAAAAGAUGGAAUCAAAGUGAUAACACUGACACCAGGUGCAACGCCAUGAGUGCAAUUCACCAUGAAUUACCCCGAACCUGACGAAAUCCCAAAGUGUACAAAAAAAUAGUGAAACCAUGCCGACCGUAGUAAAUUCAUCUCUGACAUACGAGAUCCUGAUGUACCUCAACUCCUUCUAUUUCGGUAUGUUCGCUGUAUGUGAAUUGGGAAUGGGACUGUACAAAGCCACCAACUUGCCAUCAUCAAACUCUGGAACAACAAUAACGGAGUUUUCACUCCUUCUAUUUCUCAUUGCAACUGAGGGUGGACGUGUCUACCUGGGAAGAAAGGGAAAUUUGACAGAACGUGGACUGUUGAUAUUACUCGGCAUUGCAUUAACGAUACCCAGUGCCCUGGCAACCCUUUAUUUCCUAUUCUGGCAGAAUUACGUCCUUAGGCUAGAAGUCAUCCUCUGUAGUAUACAAUUGGUACUGCUUACGUCUGAACUCGUCAUCUCUGUGAUGUGCCUUAUUGCGGUUUAUCGUCCUCCUCCCCCUGAAGAAUAGACGGGGGAUACUUCAUUCACUCGCUAUUUAUUUAUUUAUUUCACACUUUGUUACUCACAUGGUUUCGAACAAGUUUUUCAAUGGUUUUUAUUGUAAAAAAUGAACAAAAAGGGAAAGGAAAUGGGAAUAAAAAAUGAGAAAACAAAAUGGGAUUGACGAGUUGAAGAUUUGAAGAAUGAUAAGGAUUAAUUUCAUGUACGAAAAAAUUUCGUAGGACACCUUGCAAAUCUAUUGGACUUUCUCUCAGUUUUUGGCCGAUUUUAUCGAAAAAUUCCACGGCUUAUUUUUUUUCUUCUAAUAAAAAUGUUCAAUGGAAAAUAUUCUGCAGAAGAAAUCAACGGGAUUCGAUUUUACUGUACAAGUUAUUAUUCUAUUGAGUAUUUUCUACAGAAAUUCCUCGGUUCAAAUUUUCUGAGUUUAUUUAUUUGAUUUUUUUAAUGAAGAGAAAAGGAAAAUAAAGUGGAAAAAAAUAAAAAUUCAGGUUCAGGUAUUCCUUAUAGAAACUGUCUCAAUAGAACAAAAGUGUGAAAAGAUGAGAUUGUACUGAUUCUUUCUAUAAAAUAGUUUCUAUUAUAAUUUUUUUAUUAAAAAAUGCGGAAUGAAAAAAUGAUGUGAAAAUUUAUUUAUUUCACACUUCGUUACAAACAUGCGUUUAGAACAAGUUUUUCAAUGGUUUUUCUUGUAGAAAAUGAAAAAAAAGUGGAAACAAAAUGAGAGUAAUGAAAGAGAAAACAAGAAGGAAUUGCUUAGUUGAAGGUUUGAAAAAUAAGAUUCGUCCAAUAACUUGUCGUUCUUGUCAGUUCUUAAGAACUGAAAAAAAAUAUUGAAAAAACGUGUCGGGUGGUUUCUUCGACCCACGUGAGGAUCAGAGGAUUAAUUCAUGUACGAAAAAAUUUCGUAGAACAUCUAGCAAAUCUAUUGGAAUUUUCAAUAGAAUCAGCUAAAAACUAAUAGAA